GAAUCCACCGCUAACGGGCUCCGGGGGCUUGUCCACUCGCCAAUUCCAUUUGAAAUUCCAUCCAUCUUUUAUCCAUGCCUUUGACUCUAGGGGCAAUUGCCAUGCUUUCACGACUCCUCCCGUCCUCAUCGCGUAGGAACCCAAGGUACACUACUCUGUACACUAGUCUACUUGUUGCCCGGCAGUCAGCUCCAUUGCGGUCACCAACGGCACAACCCGACGGCACCAUUUCCCGACCACACCAAGUGUAUACGAGGAAAAAAGAGGUCGACUCGGACCGUUUCCAUACUCGAAUCAACCUCAACCCACACACACACCCCGGAGCGCCCGUAUCCGUUCGACUGCCAAGACCGACUUUGCCUUGCAUCUGACAUUCUCCAUCUUGGACUUCCCCCUCUCUCACUCUCCCUCUGUCACGAACAACGCGACGGGACCCUCAACUUGGGUUGCGACGGACUGUACACUACGUACACUGGGCCUUCAUUGUCCUGGAAUCAGACUUGGGUUUUUCCACUUCUCGCUUCAGGUUCCGACCUCUCCGUGUCGCCGCCAUCGUGUCCCUACACCGUUC